AUGACUGCCACCAACGGAAGCAACGGCCAUGCCGCUCGCCGCACUCUCCCCGUCGGCAUCUACGCCCCCACCAUGACCUUCUUUGACCCCGAGACGGAGGAUCUCGACAUCCCCACCAUCAAGAAACACGCCGAGCGUCUGGCCAAGGCCGGCCUCGCUGGUCUGGUCGUCAUGGGCUCCAACGGCGAGGCCGCCCACUGCACGCGCGAGGAGAAGUUGGCCGUCACGAAGGCCACCCGUGAGGCUCUCGACGCCGCCGGCUUCCAGAGCACCCCCAUUAUCAUCGGUGCCACCGAGGGCAGCGUCCGCGGCACCGUGGAGCUCUCCAAGGCCGCCCUCGAGGCCGGCGCCGACUACUCUCUCAUCCUCCCCCCCUCCUACUUCCGCGCCCAGAUGGACGAGACCGCCAUCCACGACUACUUCAUCGCCGUUGCCGACCAAAGCCCCAUCCCCCUCAUCCUCUACAACUACCCCGGCGCCGUCUCCGGCAUCGACAUGGACAGCGACCUGCUCAUCAAGCUGGCCGAGCACCCCAACAUCGUCGGAACCAAGUUCACCUGCGGCAACACGGGUAAGCUGACCCGUGUGGCCCUGGCUACCAACGCAAAGACCCCCUGGUCUGAGGGCUCCGGCUACAUGGCCUUUGGUGGUGUGUGCGACUUCACUGCCCAGACCCUUGCCAGCGGCGGCAGCGGCAUCAUCGCCGGCGGCGCCAACGUCAUGCCCAAGGUCUGCGUCAAGGUGUGGAACCUCUACUCCGAGGGCAAGAGGGAUGAGGCCAUUGAGCUCCAGAAGAAGCUCAGCCGUGGUGACUGGUUCCUGACCAAGGCUGCCAUCGCCGGCACCAAGGGCGCCAUCCAGAGCUACUACGGCUACGGCGGCUUCCCCAGACGUCCUCUGAAACGCCUUGAGAAGGCCCGAACCUCCUUCAUCGAGGAAGGCAUCAAGGAGGUCAUGGAGAUUGAGAACUCGCUCUAA